CAAUCAGGGAGGCGCUGCGCGGCGGGCGAUUCAACGGGCCCUCGCAGUCUCCCCCGUAGCGCUAUGGCGGCGAGCUCCUCUCCCCAGCUCUCAGCCAGCCGCAGGUCUGAGCCGGCCUUCCGAGAACAAAGACAACAAAAGGUUGAAGAAUACCUAUCAAGAAAAAAGACCUUUUCUGGUGUGCCCGUUCAAAAAAAGCAGGCAUCAAUCAGCAGUAGCAGAACUAGGAGAGCAACUAGCAAUAAACUGCAAGACAAAACACAGCUCUCAAGUUCUCCAAAGCCAGAAAUAGAAAACAAUGAGAAUGCUAAUAAACUGCCAUGGGACCAAUCAAGUGGUCACUCCGAAAAAAGUGUUAUUUUAAACUCUUCCACAACCACACUGACAAAUUCCAUAUCGGGAACAAACUAUAAUGAAGAUCAUGCUUCCAAGGAUGAAGUUACUGAACUAAAAUCUCAGCACGUGUCACUUAGCAAGUCCUUCUUGCAAAUGAAAAGCAUAAAAGAGAAGCAGUCAGUUGAAGAAAAACAAAAUUCAGGUAUCAGCCUACCAAAGAAACCAGUGUUUGGUGUGUAUCGUGGCAAAGUUAUCCAAUCCAAGGUAAACUCCUUCCGAAAAGCACCAAAAAGUGAGGGGGAAAAGAGUUCUUUGCCAGACAAGAAGUUUCUUCCUCCUGCCACCAAACCAGCAGCAAGAUCUUUGUCGAUCAGCCGCUGUAACGUAGUUUUGAAGACCAUCAAAGUCACAAACAACCCUAAUUCUGUAAAAGCAAAUUAUGUCCUCCCAUUUCAGAGCAAACCAUCUAACAAAGCUGCUAUUAACUCCCAGUCCCAUCUGAAGGAAUGGCAACUGACAUCUGUUGUAGCACCCAAGAAAGUAACAGAAAAUACGAUUCUUGGAAGGGUUGCACAGCCACUGAAGGCUGCUUCUAACAAUUCUGACCACAGGAUACUAGGAGUGAAGAAAUGCACAAGUUUUUGUGAAGGUGCAAGACCAGAAGCUCCAGCAAAACCAGUUUCUGUUGUUCCUGGUACAAAGUCAGGACAGAAUUUGAAAACUAAUGGCAAUAGAAAAUCUCUUCUACCAAAAGAGUCAGCAGAAGCAAGAAGAGCUCGUCUGGAUGAAUGGAGGGCAUCUAGAGGAAAAGUGUUGAGGAGACCUCCUAUAUGUGUGCAGCUGGGACCUCAGUCUACAAGUGAAGAACAAGGGUUCUCUUCUGGUGAAUCUUCAGAGCAUGUAUUCCAUAAUGAAAAGGUCAACAGGACUCUUGCAGAAUGUCUGAAAUUAACUGAACAGGGAUGUCAAAGUGAUGAAGUACGUGCCAUGUUGGAAGAUAUGGCACAGAGCACUCCUGGGGCUAAAAAGCUUGCGAAAUAUUGGAUCUGCUGUAUACGUCUUGAACAGAUGGGCCCUCUUGAAAAGGUCAUUGCUGUCUAUGAGGAGGCCAUUUUGGCAGGGGCAAUGCCUAAAGAUGAACUACGACACACACUAAUAAAUAUUAUAAAAAAUACUGAAAGCCUCUUUGAGCCUGAGGAUGGGGGAGCUGUGGUAGAAUCUGGUUUACAUGAGGUAGUUGAAGUCAGUGGAAGUUUAGGUUCAGGAGCAUCGGAGCAGGUUCAGGAGGCCUCUAAGGAUCUCUGCUCUGAUGACCAAAAAGCAGAGAGUGACGACACUAAGGCAGAGGCUAACACUGAAGUGAUCAAAAAUGAAGAAAUGGAUUCAGACUUGAAACCAAGAGAAGACAUUUUGCCAAAAAAGAAUAAAACCCAGAAGACUAAAGAAGGUACAAAAAAGAAAGGAAAAUGUGGAACAGAAGAGCAGAAUGAAGAUGGGGUAAAAGAUGUAGCCCGAUCAGUUAAUUCUCCUGAGAAAGAGAAUGGCACACCUUAUUUCCUGAGGUACAAUCAAUCUACCACACCAUACUUGGGAAGGGUGAAGAUGCACCAUGAGGCACAUGACUCCAGUGCUAAAGACCUGAAAAUUGUAACCCCGUUGCGAUGUUCUCAACGCAUUCGGGAGAAGAUGCGCAAGCUGUUGGAUACUGUUAAGGAUCAAGAUCCAUGUGUGUCUUCAUUUGAACAGCUAGGAGAAUUGGAAUAAGAAGCACUGCAUUUAUCCACAGACAGCAAUGCACUCAAAGAAAUAAGUGCUGAAGUAGAAAAGUAAAAAGGGGCAGUAAUGCUACAUGGGGGUUAAAGAUUGGAUCCUUUUUAAGGGGAGUUAAGUGGCAUUUGUUUUUAGCAGCUUUGAGAAAAGGAGCUAUCUAAAACUUGCAUGGAUGGCUUAAUAUGAAAUUUGACUGCCUGAGUCACUAGACUUUUGAAUUUAUAAGUUUCUGCCUCUACAAAAUUGCAGUGAAUCUGGUCUCUUUUAGUACUUACAGCCUUCAGUGUCUUCAUGUUAAAUAUGAUUCAUCAAAUAUUGAACCAAGGAAUAGAUUUCACACUUCAUAUAAUAGUCUGAUUGUAGUAUAUUGUUAAUAUAUACUGUUUUCCUGUUGCAAUUCCUAUGAAUUCUUUAGAAUUGCACGAUCUUAGUUUAAGAAACAAAAACAACUUAGGCAGCGUCUACUAUAGCAACGUGUAGUUUUGAAAACUGAAAACAGCUAGUAGGGUGUGUACAACACUAAGUUUAAACUGUGUAUUUUUUUAGGGUAUUUCAAUAAAACAGAUUAAAAUUAAUUCCUUUACUGGAUCGUAAUUAAACCCAGUAACUGGUUUCCUUUGCAAGUAUGAUACACUAAUUACUUGUGCAACUGUUCUAAUGUUGAUUUGCAUUACUCUGUAAUAUGGAAGACUUACUAAACUAGUCAUCUUAGUUGUGUUUGUUCUUAGUUUCCACCUAAAGCCCAUAAAUAAAUUGUAGAUUGUGGCUAGAGGCCUGAGACCGGAA